AUGUCAACUUUAUGGCGUAAGAUACACGUACCAGGAAGAUUAAAUGUUUAUAAAUUCGAGAAGGUUUAUAGAGAAGGUCCAGCCACAGUCGUUAGAAAUUUAAAUAAAUUGCCAAGUCCGGACAAAAUUAGGAACUCAGUACAAAAAGUUACCUUCCUAGAGGUAAUGAAUAAAAUAACAUAUUCAGUAUAUUUAAUUUUAUUAUUUUUGUUGAUACCUUUCAAGGAGUCCCAGUUGAUAAAGAAAUUUGGAAAAACUGGAACAUUAAAAAUGAACAAAGACCCAAAAUUACAAAAGAAGAACGUUCUGGAAAAGGUAAAAACUUCUUCUAAAAAACAUAAAACUAAACAAAAUAAGAAUAAACCAGCGCAAAAGAAAGUUAAUGAAAGCAGGAAUGUCAAUGUCGUGACCACUAAUUCCCUAUCAAACCAUAUUAAAAGGGUAAAAGAAAACGAUGAAAAAGGCACAAAGAACCCUAAUGUUGUAAAGCUGAAGUUUAAGAACUUUUCUGGUACAUUAAAUGAUUUCAAAACGCUGUUGGAUUCCAACGUCAAGAACCUAGGCGCCUACAAAAGUGUUAAUUACAAGCAGAAUAAAAUCGUAGUCUCAUUUGAUGAUAACCAGUCACUGGAUCGCUAUUUGUCAUUUUAUAACAAAUUUAUAUAUAAUGAUGAGGCGUUAAAGGUGUCAGUGCUGGAUUACUUUUCAACAGUGAAGUCAGAUUAUAAAGUCUUGAAUCUGUACGGAGUGCCCAACGAAUACAGCUUAGAGUCAGUACAAAAGGGAAUUAAAAGAAGAAUUGAAGUCGAAUUCAAAAUUAAAACCGAAGAUGAUCACUACAAACUUACAUUCAAAAAUGUUCCAGAUUGCGUGAAGGCUAAUUCAAUUCUAAACAACGCCAGAAUCCCACUAGUUAAAGAUAAGAAGGAGAGUUUGGUUAAAGUUAACACGGCAAUGGAGCUGUUCGGUAAGGCGACAAGAAAUAGUUCACGGGUUUUCGUCAGGAACAUCCCAUUUAAAACCACAUACGAAGAGUUGGCGAGUUUUUUCAAGGAAUAUGAUAAAGGAGCCAAGGUCCACAUUCCCUCAAAAUCAAAGGGCUACGCCUUCGUUAACUUCUCUUCAUUGGAAAAGUCGAAGAAAUUGAUCAACGAAUUGAACGGGAAAAUGUUUAAAAAGAGGAAGAUUCAACUUUCGCUAUCACUACCCAAACAACUUUACUUAUCCAAGUCCACACCUGAAAACACUGCGGAAACAAAUACUAAUACUGAUACUGAUGACACUAAUGUAACUAAUCCAGUUGAUACCAGUGCAGAUGAAGAGGUCAUUGAAGAACCCGAACCUGAAAAGGACGAAAUUAGAAACACAAUAUUUGUGAGGAACCUGGACUACGAGUGUACGGAAAAGGAACUUUUCGAGUAUUUCUCAAAGUUUGCUGAAGUAGAAUCCUGCAAUAUCUGCCUCAAUGAAGAUAAGUCCAGUAAAGGAACAGCAUUCGUCAAGUUUAAAAACAGAGAUCAACUCAAACAAUUGGUUGAAAAUGAAAAACUAUCGAACAUGAGAGAUAAAGAAUUAAAUAAUAAAAAGCCAGUACUGGGUCUGGGUUAUACUCUUAGAGGAAGAAGGUUGAAGCUGGACCUAGCACUGCCAAAGGAAGAAGCAAAAAUUCUUAAGGAAAAGAAAGCCGAAGAAGAUAGCAAUCGACUUAAAGAACAAAAAAAUCUACACCUGCUAAUGGUUGGAGUAAUUAAAGAAGAUUCACCACAAUUCAGCCAACUGUCAGAUGAUCAGAAAGAAACAAUUAAGCAGACAGUGGCCAGUAAGAUGGAGAAGAUUAAGCUAAAAAACACAUUCGUUAACCCCAAAAUGGUAAAUAGUGUAAUAGGAAUAUGUAUAAAGAACCUGCCAUCGAACGUAAAGAGUAACGACCUUAGAGCAGUGAUAUAUAAUCACCUAAAGACUAGUUUGAGCGAGAGUGAGUAUUUGAACUUGAAGAAGCUUAAGAACAGAGGGAUAGUGGAGCUAACACUCCUAAAGGGUGACUCUUACACAAAGGAUGACCAGGGAGUUAAGGUGAAGAAGAAGAAGCCAUUCGCAUUUGUGCAGUUGGUUGACCACAAUAUCGCAAUGAAGACUCUCGAGUUCUUCUCAAAUAACAAAACUCUGUACCCUCCAAAAACACUCCAGUGCGAAUUCACAAUAGACACUGUAAAGCAAGCCAGAAAGCAAAAGCCCAAGAACACUCAAAAAAGUAAAAAUAAAACCUACUCAAGAGGCAAGAGACAAAGAGAAAAGAGGAGAUUAAUGAAACUAAAAACUUAA